GCCUAGUAUAAGACCCACGCGCCCCAAGCCGCAGCUGCUUAUUUGUUUUCGGAAAGUCUCAACGAGCGGAUCUACCUUUUGCGGUACUCUUCUGGCGGGUAUCACUUUCGCUUUCCUGUAGUGCUUCAAUACAUUACUUACUGAUUGGCAAGGAUAGCUACCCAUCAACGACUAACCUACCGAACGGGUUCGUCGCCUGUGGAUUGAAGUUCUUUUGUGCAGUGCAGUGAUAGUGGCAAUAUCUGGAGCGGUGUCAACCAGUGAACUUUGCAGGACGAGGUCAAAAGGCUUAAGAGCAUGAAGAACAUGUUAUUACUGAUUCCCCUAUUGGGCCUCGUGUCGCUAGCAACCGCCCAGUACGGUCCGGCUCCGCCCCGGAUCAACAUCCCCGGUGCCAUCCCGCUGCCAGUAGUACGUGGCAUACCGAUCCGCGAGGAACGAGUGCUUCCCCCACAGCCCCAGGUCCUUCGGGUGCGUCGACCGGGCCCAGCCCCUGUCCGCACCUUGAUCCCCAACACGAUUCAAAUAUCCACCCCCAAGUUCCUCGAGCCGGAAGCGAAACCCGUUACCGAAGACCACGAGGAACACGAACUCUCCCAACCCUUUAUUCCCAUCAUCCACUCCUCCCCCGCCCCUCCCCAGCACUCCAUCCCCGAAGAUCAUGACGAACAACGUGACAUUCAACAGAACAUCCUUUCCCGCUUCAACUCACAGGAGAACCGACCUGCCCCCAUUUCGCGUGCCCAGAUUCCGGAGCGAUUCUUCGCCACUGACAAGGAUAUCCAAUCCAAUGCGCAGCGCUUCGCCAUAACCUCGGAACGACCCGUCGCCCCAGCUCCAGCCCCCAAACAGUACCGUCCAGCUCCACAGCAGGUCAUCUCACGACCAGCCCCCGUUCGCCACCAGCAGCCCCAGCAGCACUACGAUGAAGAUCGGCCACACAACAGCCGGCAGCAGCAGGAGGAUGAACGUCGCCGCAAGCCGGUCGCACAGAUCCUGCGCAAGUGGCGCGAAGAACACGAGGACGGUUCCAUCACCUGGGGCUUCGAGAAUGACGACGGUUCGUUCAAGGAGGAAACCAUCGGAAUCGACUGCGUUACCCGUGGAAGCUACGGCUAUGUCGACCCUGAUGGCGAGAAGCGCGAAUUCACGUACGAAACGGGCAUCAAGUGCGACCCCAACAAGCGCGACGAGGAAGACGAGGAAGAACUGGAAGAGGAACUCCAAUACAAGAAUGUCCCCUCCAAGGCAAAACGGCCACAGCCACAACAGCAACAGCAGCAGUACUAUAGGAAUUAAAAUUUAUUCCUACCGCUAAUAGGCUGUAAACGGACACAAUCGUCCGAAUAGUGCAGGAGAUUUCUCAUCGUUAGUAGGAAGAAGCAAGCCAACACAGUAUCUUCAGAUUGAAUUGCGUUCAGCUGUAUCUUCGUCAUUAGGAUUGUAUUUAUUUUACACUUACGACUUAAGAAUUCUAAUAAAGAGAAAGGACGUUUUCUCUCAA